CGCGCUUCUUCUUUAUAUAUUUUUUCCUAUUAUUUAAUAUAUCAAUUAUUUGUAAAGACUAUGUGUUCUAUAUUUUGUUGCCAUGUUAACUAAUCCCCUGAUUUUUAUAAUGUUUCAAAAAACUUGACAAAUUUUUUUUUUUACAUUUCCGCCUUCUAGGCGGUACACAAAUGCCUAUGUCUAAUAUCAGAAUAAUAAUCAAUAAUGAUAAUCAUUUGGAAUUAUUACAAUUAUAUUUUAUUUAAUUUCAUAUUUAUUCUAUUCAUAAUUAUUCAUAAAUCAAGCCAUGAAAAAUGUUUUUGUUAUUUAAACUCAACUACUAAUUUACCUUAUCAUACUACUAAUAUAAGUGUCAAGCAAUUAAUUCAUUGUUCCUUAACUCAAUUAUCAUAUAAUCAUUCAGAAGAGUUAUCAUGUCAACGAGUUGAGAAAUUUAUCUGUAUUGGUCCAUAUCUUUCAAAUGAUAGUCAUAUUCACUUAUCAAUUAAUCCUUGGGCAUUUUCAAAUUUAUUUGUCAGUAAUUCAGUGAAUACAUUACAACUUGAUUUCAAUAUAAAUACACAUCAAUUAAAUGCAUUAACAUUAGCUGGUAUGGAUGGUUUAUUAAAUUUAUUAGCUCGUACAAGUUUAAUAAGUUGGGAUAGUUGUAGUUUUAUUGGAUUAAUUAAUUUACAUGAAAUUACAUUGAAUUGUAAGGCUGUAUUCCCGGAAUUUUUAACAUUUGGUUCAUUUAUUACUUUAAUAAGAUUUGUUGAUUGUGAAGGUGUACCAUUACAAUUUUAUUGUAUUCAAUGUAUACAAAAUCCUAAUGUAUAUGUUAUACGUAUACGUCCAGGACCACCACUUAGACAGUAUUUAGUAAAAUUUACACGACUUUCAUCAUCAUCAUCAUCAUCAUCAUCAUCAUCAUCAUCAGGAUCAUCAAUAUCAUCAUUGAACAAUAAGAUUAUUGAAAAUAAUGAGAAUUUAUCACCAAAUCAUCAUUUACCACUUGAUAGUUGUGUUUAUAGUGUAUGUUCAGAUGAAAUGCUUUGUAGGAAUAAUUUACCAUUGAAGCAAGUACAAGCUGGAAUAGGUCAACCUGAAAAACCUAUUAUUGAAAUUGUAUCCAAUGAUGAAAUAUUGAUUUCAAAUACAACUUCAUUCGGUUUAUAUGAAUCUAUGCAAUUAACUAGUAUAGAACCUAUAUUGAAUACAACACCAUCUAUUAUAGAACCGAUUAAUACAACAUCAGUUUAUGAUAUUGUGAUACUAACUAAAUAUGGUCAUAGUAAAACUGAUCAUAGACAAAAAAUUUGGAUUGUUUCAGCAAUUAUUAUACUUAUCAUCUUAUUCAUUAUUACUUUAGGAAUUUUAAUAGUUAUUAAUUAUCAAAAGAAAUCAAAGCAUAGACUUAAAUCUCGAUCAAACAAAUCCAUGCAUAAUCAUAAUAAUGGUACUCAUCAAAUCAAAUCAAAUGGUAGAACAACUCAACAUGAUUCACUUAUUAUUACAGAAGAUGGAAUUAGAAUUGAAUUACCUGAUAUUGUAUCAUGUAAAUAAAUCUCUUGGUAAUUUAUUAAUGUCAUUGAAGUUUUCUUUGAAAUCUUGAUAUGUAAGUUUCUUUUAUGAAAUAUCCUGACUAUGAAGUGAUAUUCUAUCCCUAUUCACACACACACACACACACAAGAAGAAUUAAAUUACCUUCUCUAUUUCUUAUAUUCUUUUCAGUUAACUUAGCAACUAAUCAUUUUCUAAAAAAAAAAGGCUUAACUCAUUCGCCUGUAUUAUUUUCAAUGUCUUUCUAAAGGAAAUUACUUUCAUCAUAAUGACUUAUUAACCUCAAAGGUGAAAUGAACAAUCCACCAUCUGUGCUUUUAAGGUGCUCCUGAAAGAAAUUUUUCAAUAACUGUUUCAUCCUCAUCUCAUCGCAAUAUAUGUGAUAAGCUAACUUGUUAUAUUAGUCAUUAUUAUUAUUAUUAUUUUCUUGUAGUGGUUCAGUCUUUAAACUUUCCCAUCAAUAUAAUAUUGUCUUCCUUUUUAUAGUUUAUAGUCUAUAUUAUUGUACAUGAGAGAUGUUACUUUUAUUCCAGACAUAAUGCAUUUAUUAAACUUUUGUGCUUAUUUUUAAUCAGGUACUAUGGGUGCCCAGUAUUUCUUGAUUUAUAUAUAUAUAUAUAUAUAUAUAUAUAUAUAUAUAUAUAUAUAUAUAUAUAU